AUGGGCGAUCUCAGCCCACCGUCAGAUCCGGCUCAGACAGCCUCCCCGCCAAAGAAGAGAAAACCGCUUCUCUUCAAACGCCAGGCUGUCCAUCGUAGUCGUCCCGCCAAUCUGGUUCAAGAUCUCACUUCACAAGACACUGAAGACCAAGACGAUACGAGCAACGCCCUGGCUUUGUUCCAGAGAUCCAAGGACUUCUUCCCGAUCGCAUCUGCGGAAGAGGAGGCUGGACAGGCAGGAGCUCAAUCCAAGAACCCCACAGAAUCGCACUCGGCCAAGCGCAGAAAGGUCUCGGAAAUGGAUGAAGAGGACAUCUAUGACGUGUCUGAUCGGGAGAUGAGGCGAAGGGCGUCCCUGCGUGCUUCGUCUAGCAAGUCUAGCGAGCCUGCUACGCCGCCAGCGAGCCGUCAUUCCGAUCAUGCUACGCCUUCGUCUGGCCUCUCUCACCGAAAGAACAAGGUGGCCAAGGGCAAAGGCUUGGCUUCCCCGUAUAGUCUAGCAACUCCCAUCAAGCAGCAACCUCAGUCCUCCCCCUUCGCACCCCCUGCCUCUAUCACUAUAUCGGACGAUGAUGAGGACAAUGUGGGUAUCCAUCCCGCAUACCGCACCCGCUCCACCCCAAGGAGACCCCGAGCCGAACAGCGGACACCUCCCACCACCGUGGUUGCCGAUUUGGACGAGGUGCCCGAUGAUGACCAGCUGAUGGACGAGGAUGAUCUACAAGAGACCGUCAACCCCGAGUUCGCCGAGUACAUUAUCCGUGCCCAAGCCCGCAAUGCAGCGGCACAAGCGCAGGAGACGGUCGAGCGCAGCGCUCACCACUACCACGGCCCGCCAGACCCAUCGUCGCCCACCGGCGGCGGCACACCGGAGAACGACGCGAUCAUCCAGAUCUUUGUCACGUCGCGGCUCCCCGACGGCGAGGACAUUCCCCCGCUCAUCAUGAAGCGCAGGCUGUCGCAGAACAUGAAGCUCGUCAAGACCUGCUACGCGCACCACCUGCGCGCCAAGGGCUACCCCCUGCCGGAGGCGGGCGAGGACGGCGGCAUCUUUUUGACGUGGAAGGGCAACAAGAUCUACAGCACGACGUCGGGCCGCUCGCUCGGGCUCGCCGCUGACGAGCGCGGCCGGGUGAAGAAGGCCAGCGGCGCGUCGAUCGGGCCCCUCGAGCCCGGCUUCCGCAACGGCAAGCUGCACUUCGAGGCGUGGAACGAGGCCUCGUACCAGGCCUACCUGGACGACCGGGAGAAGGAGAAGGCCAAGAGCCUGGCCCGUCUGAACGAGGACAAUGAAGACGAGGACGACGAUGUGUACAAUGGUGCCGGCGAGCUGGACAAUGUCGAGGAGACAAAGGUCAAGGUCCGCCUGACACUCAAGUCCAAGGACUACGAGCCGGUCAAGCUGACGGCGCACCACGACACCUCGGUCGAGAUCAUGCUCGGCAUCUUCAGGAUGCAGAACCGGAUCCCCCACGACCGAGACGUGUCGCUCUGGUGGGACGGCGAGAAGCUCGAUGCCAAGAUGACUGUGGAGGAGUCGGAGAUGGAGGACAUGGACACUGUAGAGGUGCAUGUCAACUAA